AAACGGCGCUGUGUGACUCAAAGGCCCUUGAAACACCGCUGAUCUUGCGACGGCCCUGCUUUUUGUCUUCUACCGAUUUGGUCCUUGAAUCUACAGAAUUUCAACGGCACUAACUCUAACGAUUUCGUGAUUUCGUCUUUUUCGAUUCGGCAACACUGCAGUAUAUAUGUGUAUUUUGCGAAUUUGCGGGGUAGAAAAUUCGUUGGGUUGUUGGGUAGAACAAGAACUCGACAAAAAACAUUUUGAUUUUUGAUAAAUUUAAUGUUACCUUACCUAAAUGUUACCAGUCUUAUGUGUUUUGUGAUGUUACCGAUGUUAUCUACAAACAACACGAGCAGGUGAAGGUGAUGAACAGUAAACAACCUGAAACUUCUGGUGAAAAUAAGGUGACAAUAGCUGAUACACUUAACAGGUAGAUAAUUUUUUGAAUAGGUUGUUGGAGACUGUGAUAGACUGUUCACCAGUGCUGUAGACGGCGUAUAUUAGAACAAGUAUGGAAAAAGCUGACUUGACUGAUGACAUGGACAGAAAAGGAAAUUUUAAAAUGAUGGUUGAAAAUCACUUACCAGAUAAUGCAGACUGUGAAGAUUUUCAAAGUGUAGGAAUGAUUCAACAGCUAUUCAUUAAAUCUGAGGAUAUUCACAAUGAUGAAGCCAACCCUACAACAGCUUUGGAUAGAGAACCGGAUGUUAACUGGGAGAUAGAUAAUAAGAACACACUUGAGGUGGAUGUAAAUAUGAAGACAGAUAAUGCAAUUAACAAUCUAAAUGAAUGUGAUAUAAAUACGAACCUAAUUACUGAAUUAGUCUUAAGCAGAAUUAAAAACGAAUAUAGUGAACUUGAUAAUAUAGAUGAAUAUACCGCAAGUAAUAACGAAGAUCUCAACGUUCAUCUUAGUGAAGUAAACCCAGCCAUUGAUGUGGAUAGUGAAGACGUCAAGGGAACAGAAAUCACUGGAGGUUUCACUACCAAGAGUGAAGGUGGAGUAGGCGUGGAUGCAACUUCGGAUGUAACUUUGAAUGGGUACCUGGCUAGUGGAUGUAGCUUUACAGAUCUGUAUUAUAGCUAUCGAUUGGGAAUUUCUACAAUUUCAAAAAUUGUUCGAGAGGUCUGUGACAUUCUUUGGUCGUGCUUAGUUGAAGAAUGUAUUCCGAAACUUACAAAAGAACGUUUUGAGUCAGUAGCUGCUGGAUUCGAAAAACGAGCGAAUUUUUUCCACUGCAUUGGUGCUGUGGACGGGAAACACAUUAGAAUUGUAAAACCCGAGUUUAGUGGUUCCUUAUACUAUAAUUAUAAGUCCUAUUUCUCAGUUGUGUUGAUGGCAGUUGCUGACUCGAAUUAUCGGUUCAUUUAUGUUGAUGUAGGUGCAUAUGGGAGUGAGCGUGAUUCAAGUAUAUUCAAAGAAAGUAGUUUGUGGAAGAGUAUACAAAAAAAGUCCUUGGAAUUGCCAUCUGCAAAGCCUCUAUCUGGUUCUGAAGCUUCAAACGUACCUUAUUUUCUCAUAGGAGAUGAAGCUUUUGGAUUAAAUAUUAAUCUACUACGGCCUUUUGGAGGAAAGGAACUUUCACAGAAGAAAAGGAUUUUCAAUUAUCGCCUCAGCCGAGCCAGGAGAUAUGUUGAGUGUUCAAAUUCAAACAAAUGGAGAAUUCUUCAUCGAUCUUUGAAUGUUAAUACAGAUUUUGCCGUUAGUAUUGUGAAAGCUUGUGUAGUGCUUCACAAUUUCGUGAGAGAAAGAGAUGGCUAUAACUUCGAGGAUACCAUGACAGUUGUGGGUAUGAAUGAUUUGCCAGCACAAGCAAAUAUGCAAGGUGGAAGGGCAGCUAAUAAUAUCAGAAAUGUUCUAAGUGACUAUUUUCUAACAGAAGUAGGCAAAGUAUCAUGGCAGUUGUCGAAAAUUUAGGAAUCUUGUUUUAUUUAUUAUAUAAUUAUACUAUUACCCAACCAUAACAUAUGUUUAGUUCAAUGUUCAUAAGAAAUAAGAGGCAAAUAAUAAAAUAAC